UUAAUGAAUGGAAGUACAGAAGCGUAAGCUAUUGAUAGCAGCGGGACUUGAGAAGACAUAGAGACGAAACAGCCUGAAUCGGCUGCCAGUGGGAGGGACAAACGGGGCAAGCUAGUCGCUAAUCAUAAGUUCGUGAGGGAAAUAACGCAGAGCGGGCGGUCCAAAUCGGACGGACAUCAUUAGUGGUAUUAUAAGCGAACACGAGCACAAACCGAUCAAAGACGAGUGAGUACAAUGAAAACGAAGUCAAAGAGAAAACAUAGGAUGAUGAAGUUAACUAUAAACAAUAGGUCGCCCGCGACGAUGGACAGACGCAUUCAUGGGACCUAAAACAGAACGAAAACCAAGAAGACACAAUCACAAACAAGACACGUUACUUUUACUUCUAUCUGGGACAAAACUUCCGUUAUCAGCGAGGGAAAGACACGAUUCAAGCGGAGCAUCGGGGAGAAGAACCAAAACGGCGUACGACCAGUUUUACCGAGUUCGUGCGCAGAUGUUUCAAAUCGAGGUACUCGCAACUGAGUCAACAUCCUCCGCCGCACUACCAUCAAUCAGCCAACCUCUCACCAAUCAAAUCCACAACCGAGCAACCGACCAGCUCACUGACCAGUCGGUCGGAGCUUGUCCCUCAGCUCCCACACACUCGACCUUCCGGGUACCUUCCAUAUUCCUACCCCCGACCUACGCCCCUCCGUGCAAUCCAGCCAACAGACCAUCGCACGUAGAUCACGGCCGAACGACCUAUCCGCGUCCACUCCAGCUCUCAGCCCCCCUGACAGGCUUCUUCCUCAUCACCUUGCAAUGCUUCCCCUUCUUCAUAUGCCUCUGCAACGCAUCCCUCCUCGUGAACGUCUCCGGACAAACAGAGCACAGGUGGAUGUUGACCGGCUCGUGAGCCUGCGUCGUGCUAGCAUGGCGCUCGAAGUCUCCCUUGCGAGCGAAGUGCUCGCCACAUUCGCACCAGAAAAUGCCCUCCUUGACU